AUGUCCAGUAUUGGAGAAGCUGGAGGAGAUUGUGUACCGUGUGCAGUUGCUACCCCGGGGCGCAAAGUGGUACUGCAUCGUGAUAGCAUGGCACCAUUUCAGUGCUCUGCAAUACCGCAGUUUAACAAAGUGCUUCCUCCACAUGCUGGUGAGUCUCCAGGGGUGCCGGAGGGAGAGAACCAACCAGUUAGUUUGGACACUGAGUGCCUGCCCGCUGCAGCAUUGCCUGUAGUCUCUCAGGGGGACUGUUCGCAGAACUCUGAAGAAGCAGCACCUGAUGAUCACUAUCAGACUUCCCCGAGAGGACGUCCAAGGAGGAAGAGAAAAACCCUGACUAGAUUUAAAGACUUUGUCCUUGGGGACGAGGACUUUAAUAAGAGGAGUUAUCCAGGUGGCACCUACUUUAUGAUUUCUCGAAGUCUGGGUCCUGAGCUGGGAGCACCUAUUGGUCUGCUCUUUUCAUUUGCCAAUGCUCUUGCCUGUUCACUCAAUACAGUGGGGUUUGCAGAGACUGUCAGAGAUGUUCUCAAAGACAAUAAUGCUGAGAUGGUGGACCCUAUCAAUGAUGUGCGAAUUGUAGGGGCAAUUACUGUUGUUAUUCUCCUCCUCAUCACACUUGCUGGCAUGAGUUGGGAGGCUAAGGCCCAGAUUUUAUUCUUUAUUGCAAUCUUACUGUCCAUAGCAAAUUAUUUUGUCGGCACAGUUAUUCCUCCAAACAAAGAAAAGAUGGCUGUGGGAUUCUUUGGCUACAAAUCUGAGAUCUUCAUUGAGAAUCUGCUGCCUUCAUUUAGAGGAAAAGAUGGAUCUUUCUUCAGGAUGUUUUCCAUUUUCUUCCGCUGCACAGGAAUUUUGUCUGGGGUUAACAUCUGUGGGGAUCUAAAGGACCCAGCUGGUGCAAUUCAAGGCACACUGGUAGCCAUUUUCUGGACAACCGUGAGCUAUUUGUUACUUUCAGUCACAGUCGCUUCAACUGUUGUAAGGGAUGCUUCUGGCAUUCUAAACGAUAGUGUAGAACUCAAUUCUUCAAUCAAGUGCAGCGGUUUUGGCUGUCAAUUUGGCUGGGAUUUUGACAGGUGUGAACAGAACCGCACCUGUGACUUUGGACUUGCAAACAACUUUCAGAUACUGAGCAUGGUUUCAGGAUCUGGGCAUUUGAUCACAAUUGGAAUCUUUGCAGCCACUUUGUCAUCAGCACUGGGUUUUUUGGUUUCUGCCCCCAAAAUCUUUCAGUGUUUGUGUAAAGACAACAUCUACCCCUAUAUUGCAUUCUUUGGGAAAGGUUAUGGGAAAAACCAUGAACCCCUACGUGGGUAUAUGCUGAUGUUUACUAUUGCAUUGGCUUUCAUCCUUAUAGGUGAGCUGAACACCAUUGCUCCUCUGAUCUCCAAUUUCUUCCUCUGCUCCUAUGGUCUUAUUAACUUCAGCUGCUUCCAUGCAACUAUUACCAAGUCUCCCGGCUGGAGACCAGCAUACCGUUACUACAAUGCUUGGACUUCUCUGUUUGGUGCUGUUUUGUCUUUCAUCCUCAUGUUUUUGUUCACCUGGUGGGCUGCUCUCGUCACUUUUGCCAUAGUCUUCUGCCUCUUGGGCUAUGUUGUAUAUAAAAAACCCUAUUUGAACUGGGGUUCAUCUUACCAAGCCGGUAUCUACAACAUGGCUUUGUCUUUCUCUGUGUCUUUGUCAAAUUUGGAUGAUCACAUUAAGAAUUACAGGCCACAGUGUCUUGUUUUGACUGGUCCACCAAACGCUCGACCCGCUCUGGUGGACUUUGUGGGUACUUUUACUAAAACCAUCAGCCUGAUGAUCUGUGGAAACAUUAUUAUGGAGGAUGAAAAGUCAACCUUGGUUCGGCAAAGUUCAGAUAUGCUGGUUGAUUGGCUGAAUCAGAGGAAAGUUUGUGCUUUCUACACAUCCUUUACUGCCGACAGUCUGAAAGAAGGGACCCAAAAUCUCAUGCAGGCAUCAGGUCUUGGUAAAUUGAAGCCGAAUACCCUUGUUUUGGGAUAUAAGACAAAAUGGCAGGAAUGUAAACCUGAGAGCUUACAUGACUAUGUCAAUACAAUCUACAUUGCGUUUGACAACAGCUACGGCCUUGCUAUUCUAAGAAUGAUGGAUGGAUUGGAUGUGACAGAUGAUUUGCAGAGUGCAGUAGGCAGACUUUCCUCAGUUGUGAAUCCAGCAUUUGAUGCAGAAGAAGCAACGCAAACAGAAAAUGAUGACACUGACCGAAAUUCAGAUAUUUCUGAUGAUCAUCUCAAUGAGCAGGUUAGGACUGUUUUUCAGACAAAACAGGGGAGGAAGACCAUAGACGUCUACUGGAUCUCUGAUGAUGGGGGCUUGACCCUUUUACUGCCAUAUUUGUUGACAAGAAAAAACCGCUGGAAGAAGAGCAAAAUCAGAGUGUUCCUCCUUGGAGACCAGGAGACAAUUGAGGAAGACCGAAAAGACAUGAAGAUGCUGUUAAAAAGAUUCCGUCUGGAAAUUGAGGAUAUUAUUGUUAUAACAGAUUUGGAAAAAACACCACUUGCUAAAAAUUUGCAGCGAUAUGAGGACAGCAUUUCCCCCUUCAGGCUGAAUGAAGAACAGACUUCAGGGGAUAUCCAGGAACUUAAAAGAAUAAGUCCGUGGAAAGUUUCAAACAAAGACAUUAUGUCCAUUAAACCCAAGGUGGAGAGGACUGUGCGCUUAAAUGAAAUCAUCAAGAAGAACUCUGUAAAUGCUGCUUUGGUUGUGAUCUCCAUGCCAGUCCCUGAUGUUAAUUGCCCCAGUUCCCUCUAUAUGGCUUGGUUGGACGCGUUGAGCUUUGGCAUUCACUGUCCUGUCCUGCUUGUUCGGGGAAAUCAAGAAAACGUCAUGACAUUCUACUGCCAGUAAAGCACACACACAAACUGCACUGAAAGUUUCUCUCAAUGGAAAGUCUGUGGAAACAAUAUAAAGCUAACACUUCUUUGACACACCGGCUUCUUAAAGUCUCACCAUCUAUUCUGGGCUCUUAAAGUCAUCUAUGUUAAAACGGUUGUAAGACAAAUUCAGGACUUAGAAUGGUGGAGGAAUACAAUUUAUAUUUUGAUCUUAACUUCAUGGUACUGAUAAGUUGUUUUUGUUUGAUGAUUAAUGAUUAAUAAGAAUAAUAAAAAAAUGCUUUACUUUUAGGAACUGUAACUGUGAAUAAAUGAUAUAUUAUUAUGUUUAUUAAGAACAGGUUUUGUUGAUCUGCUUUCAAUGUGAAAAGUAAUGAAAUGCAAUGAAGAAUGAUUCUGUUUCAUUGAUGCUUUAUAGGUAGAGAAAGUAUAAAAUAUACAAACAAUAAUAAAAAAUAAAAAACCAAAAUGUAAUAAGUGUGAAAUAAAUACAAAUAUGGCAUUAAAUCUUA